UUCCCCCCUUCCUUCCUUCCUUUCUCUCUCUCUCUCUCUGUUUCUUCCCUCCUCCUUCUUCUUCUUCUUCCUCUUCCACCUCACGAAAUCAGACAUGAAAAGAGAGAAGAAAAUUCAACUCUUAGUAGUGGUAGAAGAAGAAGUAAGGAGAAAAGGAACCUCUCCUUCCUCUCCCAUGAAACGAUCCCACAACUACUGAUCCUGCUUUCUACUUAAAUUUAAAUAUAAACCCCCCUAGCUUCCACUUCAGUCGGGCUAGCUCUCAGAUCAGUACUCCACAGCUUGCCUGCCACAUGGAACCCACGUCAGCAGCUCCUCCCGACAGUACAACCGGCGGCGACCCGGAUCCUUCUCCGUCGACCGGGGGAAGGGGAGGAGGAGAAGUAGGACCGUCCGCAACACCAGCGACGACGUCGUACCAGCACGCGCCGCCGAGCCGGUACGAGUCGCAGAAGAGGCGGGACUGGAACACGUUCCUGCAGUACCUGAAGAACCACAAGCCGCCGUUGGCGCUGGGGCGGUGCAGCGGGGCCCACGUCAUCGAGUUCCUCAAGUACCUGGACCAGUUCGGGAAGACCAAAGUCCACGCCGCGGGCUGCCCUUACUUCGGCCACCCGAGUCCGCCGGCCCCUUGCGCCUGCCCGCUCAAGCAGGCCUGGGGCAGCCUCGACGCCCUCAUCGGCCGCCUCCGGGCCGCCUACGAGGAGAACGGGGGCCGGCCCGAGUCCAACCCCUUCGGCGCCCGGGCCGUCCGGAUCUACUUGAGAGAGGUCAGGGAAGCCCAGGCGAAAGCUCGCGGGAUCCCUUAUGAGAAGAAGAAGCGAAAACGACCUGCCGCCCUUCCCACUGCUGCAAAUGUGUCGGUGGCCGCUACUCAGACCGUGCAGCCGUCGGUAGAUGACUCUUCUUCUCUGCCAGCUGGCGGUGGUGGUGGGGACAAUAGUAGUAGUAGUAGUAGAGUUGGUGCUAGUUCCGGCAGCGCCGCCGCUGGUUCUGGAAGGGCGACUAACGUUGUCACUAGCGCCGCUGCCUCUUCCACAGUAUAGGCUCUCUCUUUUUUUUUUCCUAUUCCUUUUUUUUUAGUUAUGUUUAUUUGUUAAUUCUAUAUAUUUCCUUAAUUGUGAUUAUGAUCUCUAAAUUAAUAUUCUUCCAAUAUGGUACAUAAAUGAUUUGGGGUGGGAAUUUCUCUCUUAAAAAAAUAGAAAAUAGGAA